AGCCAGCUUUCCCAGGCCCUGAAUGGGUUGUCAGACAGAGCCAAGGAAGCAAAAGAAUUCCUGGUGCAGCUUCGCAACAUGGUGCAGCAGAUCCAGGAGAACAGUGUGGAGUUUGAGGCCUGCUUGGUGGCCCAGUGUGACGCCCUCAUCGACGCCCUCAACAGAAGGAAAGCCCAGCUGCUGUCCAGGGUCAACAAGGAGCACGAGCACAAGCUGAAGGUGGUGCGGGACCAGAUUUCCCACUGCACGGUCAAGCUGCGCCAGACCACGGGCCUGAUGGAGUAUUGCCUGGAGGUCAUCAAGGAGAACGACCCCAGUGGCUUCCUGCAGAUCUCGGAUGCUCUCAUCAGGAGAGUGCACCUGACAGAGGACCAGUGGGGGAAGGGGACACUCACCCCCCGGAUGACCACGGACUUCGACCUGAACCUGGACAACGCUCCCCUGCUGCAGUCCAUCCAUCAGCUCGACUUUGUGCAGAUGAAAGUUUCCUCCCCAGUGCCAGCCCCACCGAUCCUGCAGCUGGAGGAGUGUUGCACCCACAACAACAGUGCCACCUUGUCCUGGAAGCAGCCCCCCCUGUCCACGGUGCAGGUGGAAGGCUACAUCCUGGAGCUCGACGAUGGCAACGGUGGCCAGUUCAGG